GAAACAGGCCCUGGCACUAACAAAACGCUUUGUGCUCUGUUUCCGCAAAAAGCUGAGUUUAGAGAGAGAGGAAAAAUGGAGGGGAAAGAGGAGGAUGUGAAGCUAGGAGCGAACAAGUUCUCAGAGAGGAUGCCGCUGGGAACCUCGGCGCAGGGGAAGGACUACAAGGAGGCGCCGCCGGCGCCGCUGUUCGAGCCGGGGGAGCUCCACUCCUGGUCGUUCUGGAGGGCCGGAAUUGCAGAGUUCAUCGCCACCUUCCUGUUCCUCUACAUCACCGUCCUGACUGUCAUGGGGUACUCCAGAUCUAGCAGCAAGUGCAACAGCGUCGGCGUUCAGGGAAUUGCUUGGGCCUUCGGUGGUAUGAUCUUUGCCCUCGUUUACUGCACCGCUGGAAUCUCAGGCGGACACAUAAACCCAGCAGUGACAUUUGGGUUGUUUCUGGCAAGAAAACUGUCUUUAACAAGGGCAGUAUUCUACAUUGUAAUGCAAUGCCUUGGAGCAAUAUGUGGGGCAGGAGUUGUGAAGGGGUUCCAGCCAUCACUCUUUGAAGUAAAGGGUGGAGGCACGAAUGUAGUGGCCCAUGGUUACAGCAAGGGGGAUGGCCUUGGUGCCGAAAUAGUCGGCACCUUCGUCCUCGUAUACACCGUCUUCUCUGCCACAGAUGCCAAGAGAAAUGCCCGUGACUCUCACGUCCCUAUAUUGGCUCCUCUUCCAAUUGGAUUUGCAGUUUUCUUGGUUCACUUGGCCACCAUCCCCAUCACUGGAACUGGCAUCAAUCCUGCCCGCAGUCUUGGUGCUGCCAUUAUCUACAACAAGGAUCAUGCUUGGGAUGACCAUUGGAUAUUCUGGGUCGGACCUUUCAUCGGAGCUGCUCUUGCCGCACUGUACCACCAAGUUGUGAUCAGAGCCAUCCCAUUCAAGAGUGGAAGCUAAAGACUCUUCUUCCCCUAUCGUCAUUGUGACCAGAGCCAUCCCAAUUAAUUUCUGUGCUGUUGAAAUUAUCCUUGUGUGCGGAUAUUGUUAAUUAAUUAGUUGAUUCAAAGAUGCGCAUUGUGUGAAGACAAAAUUGCUCUGUAAUUAUUGGUACCAUGAGUAACUUUAUUGAUUUUGUGAUUGGCUUAUAUCUGUAUUAGGUUGUUAAUACUCGUACCCAUCUUGGUAAGCUGAAGGUUAUUUUUCUUGAGUACUUGAAUAUGUGAUUUGUAAUGGAAAAAUUCUUGAAAUAAGAGUACUAUUCAAUAAGAUUAAUAUUAUUUUUAUUCUGUAGAAAUUG